AAGGAAAAUCAUCUGUCAGAAUGUCCGAAAUACCCCCCACUCGUGACUACAUGGGUAGCCAAACCAAAGGCAUCACAGUAAUUUCACGCCAACUUACGUACGUAAAAGUAGCUAGGCCUUGCAAGUUGAAGAAAACAAAGAAUGCAGCGUAAGCCAUCUUAAGCCCCUCUCAAUCGAUCUCAAAGGCCGGUCGGAGGACUUUUCCGGCACAAGUUUCAGAUUUCAGGCAUUGUCAGUACUGUGAUUGUGGGUACGUAUGAUUGGACUGUAGAUCGAGGCGAUGGGGCUUUUCCCAUCCCUUCUUUAUGCGUUGACAAAAACUGAAUCAUUCAGGAAAUGGAGGAACCGUAAGAUUGAUGUUGGAAAGGAAACUGCAAAAGCAUUGGCAAAGGAAGCGAGGAAGAAUGAGUUGAUAUUAAGUUCUUCAGGGACUCUGAAGUCCAAAAAAUCUGACAACUUUGCUUCAGUCUGCUCUAAAGGAGGGAAGAAGGGGAUUAAUCAGGAUUGCUUAAUUGUUUGGGAGGAGUUUGGAUGCCAAGAAGACAUGAUGUUUUGUGGCAUUUUCGAUGGGCAUGGCCCAUGGGGGCACCUUGUAGCCGAAAGGGUGAGGAAAUCAGUGCCUGCUUCUUUGCUGUGCAAUUGGCAAGAAACUCUAGCUUCAACCUCGCUUGACCUGGAUUUUGAAAUGGAAGCGGAUAGAAAUCUUCGUGGGUUUGAUAUAUGGAAGCAAUCCUACUUAAAAACUUAUGCUUAUGUUGACCACGAGCUUAAGCAUCAUCCCGGAAUUGAUUCUUUUUGUAGUGGAUCUACAGCUCUCUCAAUUGUUAAACAGGGUGAACACCUUGUCAUGGCAAAUGUUGGCGAUUCUCGGGCUGUACUGGCGACGACAUCUGAUGAUGGCCAUUUGGUACCGCUUCAGCUUAGCGUCGACUUUAAGCCCAAUUUACCUCAGGAGGCAGAACGAAUAGCAGAGUCCAAAGGGCGAGUGUUCAGUUUAGACGACGAACCAGGGGUGUACAGGAUGUGGAGGCCUAAUGGGGAGACAUCAGGACUAGCGCUGUCAAGAGCCUUAGGCGACCACUACCUAAAGGACUUCGGUCUUAUCUCUGUGCCGGAUGUGACACAAAGGAACAUAACCAGCAGAGACAAAUUUGUGAUUUUGGCGACAGAUGGGGUGUGGGACGUUAUUUCCAACCAAGAAGCUGUGCAGAUUGUUUCUUCAACGGCCGACAGGGAAAAAUCAGCCAAAAGGCUGGUGGAGUGUGCUGUUGGAGCAUGGAAACACAAGAAGCGAGGCAUUGCAAUGGACGACAUCUCAGCUGUUUGCCUCUUCUUUCACACUUCAAACCUCACAAUGCAAGCCUCCAAACCGGUUGGCAUAAGAAAUUAAAGCUGCCUAAUUGCAUGCUUAUAGCCUUCCUUUUGUCAUUGAGGUUGUUGUAUAUAUAUACAUGUAAACCUUGAUUGGGAUUAAGUACUGUACUUUUGUGACUGUUUGUUGUAUAUACAUUUAUAAUGUUUUGGUGGCCGGAUUUAAAAUUCUCUACGUGGUUGAGAUGGA